UGCUGAGAGGGGUGGGGUGGUGGUGGUGGUGGUGGGGGGUGAUCUGUUGUGAAUGAGUGAGGCAGCAGAGCAGCUGAGUGAGACUAACAAGUGGUUGCCAUGCAGCAGGAGCAAGCGUGCGUGCUUCUAGAGGGAGAGAUAGAGAAACAGAAUGAUAAUGAGCAGGAGGCAGCAGCGAGUAAAGCGGCGCUAGGACAGGAGCUGCAUCUCUCAGGAGGAACACGUAGAACAGAUUGAUCCGGCCCUUCGCCUCCGCUCCGCUGUUUUUACCUUCAGCUUUUUUUGUUGUUUUUUUUUUUUUUUUUGCUCUAAUGUGAGCUGCUAGCCUUGCGCAUCCAGCAUACCAGCAAUGGAUGGAUUAUUGGACACAUGUCUGAGAGCUCAUGGGGGGAGGAGGAAUAGUUGCUUGCAGGAAUCCGCAGCAACAGGUCUGUAAGGAUGGCAUGGAAACGAUGGUGACAUGCAGGCUCCUAAACGCCUGACCCCGUCUGAGGAGAGAUGAGGCACCUGGAGGUGGGCUUACCAUGAGCAGCAUCCACUUCAACCACUCCCUUGCUGCCAUGAGUGGAAACGACAUAAUGGCGCACUCUCUGACUCUGGAGCAGAAGACGGCGUUUGCCUUUGUGGGGAUGCUGUUGGUGUUCUUGGGACUGCUGAUAAUACGCUGCUUCAGGAUCCUGCUGGACCCCUACAGCAGCAUGCCCUCCUCCAACUGGGCCGAUGGCAUCGAGGGGCUGGAGAAAGGGACGUUCGAGUACGCCCUCACUUAACGAUGGGACACAAACACAAAAAAAAUAAUAAA